AAAAGAAUUAAGAAAUAUGAAUAAACUCAAAUAUGGGAUGAGUGUUUUUAAUAGAGAUUAUUUCAUGUACAUUGAUCAUAAAGGUUUUCUUUACUUAGAAGAAACAGAGCCUAAAAAUUUUACAUCAUGCAUAAAGGAUGUUAGAUUUUUUGUAUUUUUACAAGAUAAUUGAAGCAAUUUUUUUACAAAAAUUUGACGAAAAAUAAAACUGGAAGACAUAAUGACUAUAGAUUUGUAUCGAAAUGUUGGGGAGAAUUUAAUUUUGUUAAGACAUAAUCUACACCUAUAAUAUAUAAUGAUAUCUAAUUUAUUGAGAAUUCAUGGAAAAUAGUAUUAAGAAUAAUUAUAAUAGAUAGCUUAAAAUGGUUAUUCAGAAGCAUUUGAAGCAAAUUUAUUGUUUAUAAAGGAUAAUUUACUUUAUUAUAAAGUUAGUCUUAAUGAUCUUGAGUUUGGUAUAUUAUCAACUGAUUUGGCUAUUAAAUUAGGUGAAAACAUAAACGAAUACAAUACUUUUAAGUGGGAAAAUAAUAUAUAUUAGUUAUGA